AUGUCGCUGCCGGUCACCAGUAUUGCGGUUGGAAAAUGGAGUAAGCAAGACUACAACUCCAUCUUACCGAACCGUAAAUUUGUAUAUGUAAAUUCCCCACCUUCGGGCGGCGGCGGAAGUGUAGCGGGAAGAUCAGAAGUAUCAGGAACCUUGAGUUAUUUCCGGCGAAGUGACCUGGUGAUUUGCAGAGUAUAUAAACAAGCGGUUUUUCGGAGUCUCGGUAGUUCAUUUACAGGCAAGAUGAUGAAAUACUUUGGUAUCUUCGUAGCGGCGAUCGCGGUGCAUCAUGCAUCUGGCGAUGGAGGCUUUGGCUCUGGAGGACACGGAGGAGGACUCGGAGGACAUGGAGUGGCUGUCGGAGGAGGCCACGGCCUUGGAGGAGGACUCGGAGGCGCUGUCAGGGGCGGCCAUGGAGGGUAUGGCGGAGGCGUAGCCACCGGCUUCAGCGUGUUCAACCUCGGAGCCCCUCUGGGAGGCUACGGUGCCGGUGGCUCCUCCCUAAGGCGCGGUGGCCUCAGCGGGGGUUCCUCCUUGGGGCAUGGAGGCCUCGCCGGCGGCUCCUCCUUAGGGCACGGUGGCCUCGCCGAGGGUGCCUCCUUGGGACACGGUAGUUUCGCCGGCGGCUCCUCCUUAGGGCACGGUGGCCUCGCCGGGGGCGCCUCCUUGGGGCACGGUAGUUUCGCCGGCGGCUCCUCCUUGGGGCACAGUAGCCUCGUCGGCGGUUCUUCAUUAGGGCACGGAGGCCUUGCCGGUGGCUCCUCCUUGGACCACGGUGGCCUCGCCGGCGCUCAGUCCCUGGGAUUUGGCGGCCUUGAUGUAGGCCAUUCCGCGGGCCACGGGGGCGCCUUGGCCAGUGGCGUUCACGCCGGCGGCCUCGGGGGGGUUGUCGUCGCUCCCCUCGGGGACUCCUACGGAGUUCUUUUCACUGGUAUUUUCCUGAUGGACAAAACUCCUGACACAUCCUUUCAAAUUUUUCAUCCUGUUUGCUUUCUGCCAGAUAUGUCUUUCACCUCACUACCGUCCACUGAUAGGAUGGAGCCCAGACUGUGCUGCAAUUCUUCUUUUGACUCUACCCCAAAACCACGUCAUCGGAAUACAUCAUGUCCACGGUGGUCCCUCUUUUACGCCUUCUACCAGCACAUCAAAUACAGUGAUGCAGAGGAAGGGCCUUAG